AGCGUCAUUUGCCCCUUAAUGUAAACUUUAUGACCUACAUUUAUCAAAAGGUGUAUUCUUCUACUGGAUUAUAAUGUAUGGAUUUACUGUAUUGAGAAAUUGUCAACUGACUGUACCUUCUUUAUGACUUGAUAGAUGAUAUGGCAUUCAUGUCAAGAUACACAAACUGUAAUGUAUGGAGAGUGCAUCAGUCAUGAAGUGGAUAAUACUUUCUAUUUUACUUGAUGCAUUCAAACUGAUCAGCACACAAAAAGACACACAUUUGACUAUUACUGACAGGCAGUGCGGUAAAACAUACAAAAUGGCAUGGUACAAAUCUGCAUACUUGGAGUAUCAUGGAUCCGACUUGUUGGAACACAACCCAUGUUCUGUGGAAUUUGAAAAUGAAGAAUCAACAGAUAAAUUUAUUUGUAUUUCUACUCAACAAAUUUCGAUUGACUGUGAAACAAAAGUCGAAUUUCAUCACUACUUUAUAAAACGCUACAACCAACCAGAGCGAAAGAUACUGUGUCACAAUGCAACAUUAGAUGAAUGGUGUGGUGACGCGUUCCCCGCCAAUGUAUUCGUUGUAAUAAAAAAACCCAAAAGGCAUACAUCAGACAUUAUCAAACUGCGUGUAUACAGGAAGGAAUUACCUGGCGACUUUUGGGAUUCAAGUGUGAACAUCGCUGUCGUAACUAGUCUUCCAGCCGUGAUUGUUCUUGUCACGGUUGUUAUCAUUUCUUGCUGCUACUAUCAUAGGAAAUCACGGGUUGCAAGAGCCAUGAGGGUACAAUAUCAGACAACAGCAGGUGCUGUCACAGUUCAGACAGGUCAAGGAUACACGACUUCAUCGCAACCGGUAUCUAGUUACCAGCCAAUACCACAGGAAGCUGGAUCCCAGCAACUGCCAGCCGGUUAUCAUAUACAUACAAUGCAGAUAGCAGCUCCAGUAAAUCAGGGUACCAGUCAAGCUGGCAGUAACCAACCUCUUGUGGCGCCGUCAGCACCGUCGAUGGAGCCAGAUGAAGCUCCCCCUCCGUCUUAUGACAGCCUGUGGUCUUAGAAUAAUGAUAAUCUGUAUCAGGAACAAAUGAGGCUACUAUAAAGUUAUGUGAACGAUGAAGCGCUUUGAAAAUGCACUGUUUUGAAGUUCUGCCAAAACUUAACUGGGAAAUUUUUAAUGAAAUGUUAGAUUAAAAAUUUGGACCUUGAGUUCGAUUUCUAAAGUAUAAUUUUGAAAUGAUUCAGGCGUAAACAAACAUUGGAUGAUUUAGUGAUAAAAUCGUUUGUUCCGAUCUGCGAUGAUGUCUUUGCAAUAAUUAUGUAAAUUAAAAAGUUUACAACCGACGAAUUGAAAAUACAGAAAGCUGCAUUUUACAAAGACGUGAUUUUACAAUGCAUUUUGUGCCUUAUCCUGUUCUUCUUUUUGAAAUUGUACGCAAUUGGGGGUGAUUUAUUGUGCUUGGCCCUCCUGUAGAAUUUAAUUAAAUCAAAACCUAUAGUUCAUAUUGGAAUUAUUCAAAGUUAUGUUAGAUUUGCGUUUGUGAAGUCUUGCGGUGUAGUGUUGCAAAUAUGUAGAAGAUUUGAAACUAGGUACCAUGGGGGCGUAUAAUAUGCACAAAAAGGACAUGUUUGUAAACAGUCACCAUGCUUUGACUCGGUUUUGUUACAUGUUCUGGUCAUUUAGGAUCAUUAUACUAUUAUAAUAGAAUUUCAUUCAAGGCGGUGCUAGCGGGCGUGAAUGGUGUUGCACAUUGCAUUGCCUCUCAUAAACAGACUACACCAAUCCGAGUCUACUAUGCUGUUCGGCUCUAUGCUUCCAAAGGGUCUGUUCACAGAUUGCAUUGAUAUGCAUAUAGUCAUUUGGAGUAAAACCAGUAAGGUAAUAUUGGCCUAUACAAUGUGUUCGAAACAAAAAGCACAAAGAUUUGAUAGGAACAGUCCCGUACCAAACAGUCACACCCUAACCCCUAUGAGAGUGAAUGUACACCCUAACCACUAUGGGAGUGAAUGUACACUCUAACCCCUAUGAGAGUGAAUGUACACUCUAACCCCUAUGGGAGGACCUUGAGUUCAAUUUCUAAAGUAUAAUUUUGAAAUGAUUCAGGCGUAGACAAACAUUGGAUGAUUUAGUGAUAAAAUCGUUUGUUCCGAUCUGCGAUGAUGUCUUUGCAAUAAUUAUGUAAAUUAAAAAGUUUACAACCGACGAAUUGAAAAUACAGAAAGCUGCAUUUUACAAAGACGUGAUUUUACAAUGCAUUUUGUGCCUUAUCCUGUUCUUCUUUUUGAAAUUGUACGCAAUUGGGGGUGAUUUAUUGUGCUUGGCCCUCCUGUAGAAUUUAAUUAAAUCAAAACCUAUA